GUUUUUUUUUUUUUUUUUUUUUUUUAAUUCUCAAUCUUCGUCUUCCUUAUAUAUAUAUUUCAUCAAAAACACUUAACUCAAUCACUCACUCCUCACUGUUUUAUUGCAAUUCUAUUACUCUGUUAUUAUUUCUUCACUCAACUAUGAAUGCUCUAGCAGCCACAAACUGCAAUUUUCAACGUGCUGCUCGUAUUCUAGGCUUGGAUUCCAAGCUUGAGAAGAGUCUUCUCAUACCCUUCAGAGAAAUCAAAGUUGAAUGUACGAUCCCCAAAGAUGAUGGAACUCUGGUUUCUUAUGUGGGGUUUAGGAUCCAACAUGACAAUGCUCGUGGUCCUAUGAAAGGAGGGAUUCGUUAUCACCCUGAGGUUGACCCUGAUGAGGUGAAUGCUCUAGCUCAGCUGAUGACAUGGAAGACAGCUGUAGCAGACAUCCCCUACGGAGGAGCAAAGGGUGGAAUUGGCUGCAACCCAAGGGACCUGAGCAUCAGUGAGUUAGAACGUCUAACUCGGGUUUUCACCCAAAAGAUUCAUGAUCUCAUUGGUAUUCAGCGGGAUGUUCCUGCCCCUGAUAUGGGAACCAAUGCUCAGACUAUGGCAUGGAUUCUCGACGAGUAUUCAAAGUUUCACGGUCAUUCACCAGCUGUUGUGACCGGAAAGCCAAUUGAUCUUGGAGGUUCUUUGGGAAGGGAGGCAGCCACAGGUCUCGGAGUUGUUUUUGCAACUGAGGCUUGGUUAGCUGAAAAUGGGAAGUCAAUUGCUGAGAACACAUUUGUCAUUCAGGGCUUUGGAAACGUGGGAACCUGGGCCGCUAAGUCUCUUUAUGAGAGAGGUGGUAAGGUUGUUGUUGUGAGUGACAUCACUGGUGCCAUCCGAAAUCCCAAUGGAAUCGACAUCCCUGCCCUUCUGAAACACAAGGAAACCAACGGAAACUUGACCGAGUUCCAAGGAGCAGAUGUAAUGGAUCCAAAUGAAGUGCUUGUUCAUGAAUGUGAUGUUCUUAUCCCAUGUGCCUUGGGUGGAGUACUGAACAAGGAAAAUGCUGCUGAUGUGAAAGCUAAACUUAUAGUUGAAGCUGCAAAUCACCCAACUGACCCUGAAGCGGAUGAGAUUUUGGCCAAAAAAGGAGUCACUAUAUUACCUGAUAUUUAUGCUAAUGCUGGUGGAGUUACUGUGAGCUACUUUGAAUGGGUUCAGAACAUUCAAGGUUUCAUGUGGGAUGAAGAAAAAGUGAACCGUGAGCUGAAGAAGUACAUGAGCAAGGCUUUCCUAGACAUCAAAGCAAUGUGCAAAUCCAACAAUUGUGACCUGAGAAUGGGAGCCUUCACUCUGGGAGUGAACCGUGUUGCCCGCGCUACUCUUUUGAGAGGUUGGGAAGCUUAAGGAGCAAUUCAUUACCCUAUGCUCCUUUUUAUGUUUACAUAUCAGAAUUAGAUACACAUUUGCUCACUACUGCAAAAGUAGAAUUUGUCUUAACUUUUUACCUUUUCAUUAGGCCUUUGGUAUUGUAGCGUUAGUCGGCUAAUUGGUAUAGUUAUGUGAGACUUGCGAAUAAAUGUUAUAACGCCAACAUUUUUAUCCAGGAAUUAGAUAAAGUUAUAGUUAUCUUUGUUUUCUA